AUGCGCGUACUCGCCCACGCCGUCCCGUUCUUCGCCGCCGCGUGCGCUGCCGCCCAGAGCCUCACCGGCGCCCAGCUCGAUGCCGUUAUCGCCGUCCUCGAGACAAAAGCCCAGCAGACCUGGGAGCUCGGCACCGAAUGCGAAGCCCUCACCGAAUACUACGCGCCCUCCUACUCCAUAUUCUCCGCCGCCUCCAUCCCGCCCGCCUCCCCACCCCCCUCCGCGCUCUCGCCCGUGUUCAGCAUCGCAAACUCCGUCGUCGCCAGCCGCGGGACCACGCCGGGCCCGCAGCCGCUCGUGUACGUCCAGGGCGGCGCCGCGGGCGACCCCGCGAGCCUCGGCGUCGCCGUCCUCCUCGCGAACCUCACCGGCCGUGGCGCGCUGGACGGCCUCGACUACGCCGGCGCCGCGCUGGACCAGCUGGCGUAUCUGCUCGGGAGCGUCCCGCGCACGCCGGACGGCGCGAUCUCGCACCGCGUGGAGCAGGUGCAGCUGUGGUCCGACUCGGUGUACAUGGUCCCGCCGUUCCUCGCGUACUACGGCGCGACGGCGCGGAACGCGACCCUGCUCAUCGAGGCGUACACCCAGAUCAAGCUCUACCGGCAGUACCUCUUCGACCCCGCCGCGAGCCUCUGGCGGCACAUCGUCCUCGGGUCCGGCACCGACGCCGGGCACUGGUCCACAGGGAACGCAUGGGCCGCGGCGGGGAUCGUGCGCGUGCUGGGCACGAUCCAGCACUCGCCGUUCGCGGGCGCGCUGCAGGCCGAAGCGGCGGACCUCGCGGCGUGGGCGCGCGAGAUCCACGCGGGGAUGUACGCGCGCCAGCGCGCGAGCGGGCUCUUUGGGAACUACGCGGACGACCCCGGUGCGUUCGAGGACGCGGCGGGCGCGGCGCUGCUCGCGAGCACGGUGUACCGCCUCGCGGUGCUCAGCGGUGCGGGCGCGGCGGAGGUGGCGGGUGCGGAGCGCGCGCGGGGGGCGCUGGCUGCUGCUGCGCAUUUCACGGGUGGGGGGGCGCUGACGCCGGUGGUGGACCCGUAUGAUUGGGCGCGGGCGGCGGAUGCGGGGCAGGUCUCGCCGGAGGGGCAGGCGUUUGUGGUGGAGAUGCAGGCGGCGUGGCGCGAUUGGGUGGGCGCGGGCUCGCCGGGGGCGUGA